GUUACGAACAUCUCUGACUUAUUCUCAACCAAAAAAACACCUCGACCUCCGCACGAAAUGCCUCGGACUCACCGCUGUUUUUGGGGGGAUUUACGAUGGAUUUUUAACGUCUGAUCACCGCGGUAAAAGAUGCCUGAAUGUGAGGUGUCCAGCGCUGGAGAAAGAGUGCCUUUUCUGGAGCUAAACGGGUCCGCAACAUAAAACACAAGGCCAGCCUGUAGCAUCUAGUUAGCAUCUAGUUAGCAUCUUGUUAGCUGCUAACGCUGCUAACAGGUGUUCAGGCAGAAAACAACCAAACACAACGUGUAGCUGUUAGUUAGCUGGCAAAACAAGCCCAUGACUUAACACUGAACUUAAUGUGCCUGUUAUUCGCCUUUUUUAAGCAAACGCGAAGUAGCAAGUAUAACACUUAGAAACAUUGUUGUUAGCCGAUAGCUCCUUUUUCAGUUAGCCGCUGUUUACAGUAGCUAGCCUCACUUAGCAUCCCAAGCUAACGAGUUAACUUUAUAGCUACAUGUGCUUGUUUUUAUGUUGUAGCUGAUUUUUCGCUCUUUAACUGGAUUCUACUGCCAAUUUCGGUGAUUUUCUUCACGUUUGCAAGCGAGGCAGUUGGAGUUUUCCCCACCGUACCUCUGCCCCGGACUGACCCCCCCCCCCCCACAGGACUCUCUAUCCGGGGCCGAUGCUGACAGUUCAGCCCGGUCGCCAGGAGCCAUGCAGCCCCAGCAGAUAUACGACUUUUCCAGUGACGAGAACAGUCACAAAUGGAGAGGCCUCUUCGUGCAAGCUCUGCGGAAGGUGCAGAAGCAGGUGCACCCGAACCUCACGGCGAAGGAGGACGCGCUGCAGCACAUCGAGGAGCUGAUCCUGCAGCUGCUCAGCAUGCUGUGUGUCGCGCAGCCGCGCUCCGUGCAGGACGUGGAGGAGCGCGUCCAGAAAACGUUCCCCCACCCGAUCGAUAAGUGGGCCAUCGCUGACGCUCAGUCGGCGAUUGAGAAACGCAAGAGGAGGAACCCCUUACUGCUCCCCGUGGACAAGAUACACCCCCUGCUCAAGGAGGUGUUGGGCUACAAAGUGGACUACCAUGUGUCGCUGUACAUCGUGGCUGUGCUUGAAUACAUAUCAGCAGAUAUCCUGAAACUGGCGGGAAACUACGUGGGAAACAUCCGGCACUACGAGAUCAGCCAGCAGGACAUCAAGGUGUCCAUGUGUGCAGACAAGGUGUUGAUGGACAUGUUCGACCAGGAGGAGGACAUCGGUCUCAUGUCUCAGUGCACGGAGGAGCCCUCGUCCUCGGGGGAACUCACGUACGACGACCUGGUGCGUCUGGAGAUCGCCGAGGAGCGUCAGUACCUGCGAGAGCUCGACCUCAUCAUCAAGGUUUUCCGCCAGCACUUCCUGUCCAACCCCAAGAUCUUCACGCCGCAGGACGUGGAGGUGAUCUUCAGCAACAUCCUGGACAUCCACGAGCUGACGGUGAAGCUGCUCGGCCUCAUCGAGGACGCCGUGGAGAUGACGGCAGACGGCAGCCCGCACCCGCUGGUGGGAAGCUGCUUCGAAGAUCUAGCCGAGGAGCAGGCAUUCGACCCCUACGAGACUUUGUCCCAGGAUAUCCUCAGUAAGGAUUUCCACGAGCACUUCAACAACCUGAUGGCAUGCUCCACCGCCGGCCACUACUUCAAGGCGGUUGCAGAAGGUUUCAAAGAAGCCGUGCAGUACGUCCUCCCUCAGCUGAUGAUGGUCCCGGUUUACCACUGCAUGCACUACUUCGAGCUUCUGCAGCAACUGCAGGAGCGCAGUCAGGACCAGGACGACAGAGAGUGUCUGAAGCAGGCGAUCACUGCGCUGCUGAACCUGCAGUGCAGCGUUGAGCGAAUCUACACCAAGCACCAGCCUCGCCGCAAACCUGGUGAGCCGAUGUACCGGCUGUACAGCAGGCAGGUCCGCAGCAAACAGCUCGCCAUCAAACGUAUGAACGAGAUCCAGAAGAGCAUCGACGGCUGGGAGGGGAAGGACAUCGGCCAGUGCUGCAGCGAGUUCAUCCUCGAAGGUCCUCUGCUGCGGGCCGGCGCCAAACACGAGCGACACAACUUCCUGUUCGACGGCCUCAUGAUCAGCUGCAAGGCCAAUCAGAGCUCUCGACUCCCGGGGUCCGGCAGCGGCGCCGAGUACCGCCUCAAGGAGAAGUUCGUGCUGAGGAAGAUCCGCAUCGUGGACCGCGAGGACUCCACGGAGCUGCGGCACGCCUUCGAACUCAUCGGGAAGGACGAGAACUGUGCGGUGUUCUGCGCUCGGACGGCGGAGGAGAAGGCGGCGUGGAUGGCGGGGUUAGUGACGCUGCAGUACCGAUCCACGCUGGACCGCAUGUUGGACACGGUGCUGCAGCACGAGGAGCAGGCGCACCCUCUGAGGCUGCCGUCGCCAGAGGUGUACCGCUUCGCCGUGCAGGACUCUGAGGAGAACAUUGUGUUUGAGGACAAAGUGCAGAGCAAAACGGGGAUCCCCAUCAUAAAGGCCGGCACCGUGGUGAAGCUCAUAGAGAGGCUCACCUACCACAUGUAUGCUGACCCUAACUUUGUGCGCACGUUUCUUACCACGUACCGAUCCUUCUGCAAACCACAGGAGCUGCUCACCCUGCUCAUAGACAGGAUUGAGAUCCCGGAGCCAGAGCCGACGGAGGAGGACCGGCAAGCGCUUUGGAACGGAGACCAGCCGAUGGCGGCCGAGCUGCAGCGGUUCAGGAAGGAGUACGUGCAGCCGGUCCAACUCAGGGUCCUCAACGUUUUCCGUCAGUGGGUCGAACAUCAUUUCUACGACUUUGAGAACGAUCCUGAGCUGAGGAGUCGGUUAGAGGAAUACAUCACCAGCAAGUUCCAGCUGCGAGGAAAGUCGAUGAGGAAGUGGGUGGAGUCGAUCAAUAAGAUCAUCAAGAGGAAGCUGCAGACGCAGUCGAACGGCGUCAGCCACAACAUCACCUUCGAGUCGCCGCCCCCCCCCAUCGAGUGGCACAUCUGCCGGGCGGGGCAGGUGGAGACCUUCGACCUCAUGACCCUUCACCCCAUCGAGAUCGCCCGGCAACUCACGCUGCUCGAGUCUGAGCUGUACAGAGCGGUGCGUCCCUCAGAGUUGGUGGGCAGCGUUUGGACCAAAGAGGACAAGAGAAGAAACUCCCCGAACCUGCGGCGUAUGAUCCGCCACACCACCAACCUCACGCUGUGGUUCGAGAAAUGUGCAUUGGUGGAGACGAUGAACCUGGAGGAGCGCGUGGCCGUGAUGACUCGGGUCAUCGAGAUCCUGCAGGUUUUCCAGGAGCCAAACAACUUCAACGGUGUUUCUGGAGGGGUCAGCGCCAUCAACUCUGUCCCCGUGUACCGGCUGGACCACACCUUCGAGGCGAUACCAGAGAGGAAGAGGAAGAUCCUGGAGGAAGCCGUGGAGCUGAGUCAGGACCACUUUAAGAAAUAUUUGGCUAAACUCAAGUCAAUAAACCCGCCCUGUGUGCCUUCUUUGGGUAUCUAUUUAACCAACAUCCUGAAGACGGAGGAGGGGAACCCGGACUUCCUGAAGCGCCACGGCAAAGAGCUGAUCAACUUCAGCAAGAGGAGGAAAGUGGCGGAAAUCACCGGAGAGAUCCAGCAGUACCAGAACCAGCCGUACUGCCUGAAGGUGGAGCACGAGAUCCGGCGGUUCUUCGAGAACCUGAACCCGAUGAACAACCGGAGUGAGAAGGAGUUUGCAGACUACUUGUUCAAAAUGUCUCUGGAUAUUGAGCCACGGCACUGCAGGCAGGCUCCUCGAUUUCCCAGGAAGACCAUGUACAACCUGAAGUCCCCGGGGAUCCGGCCUGUCCGAACCUCUACCUCUGGGACCCUGAAGGGCCACCCGGUGCCCCUGGAGAGGGAGCCGCCCCACAAGAUCACCUUCCGGAGCAUCCCGGAGACGGAGCCCGAGUCCCCUGCCUCCGUGCCCACCUCCCCUAACACGCCCACCCCCCCGCAGUCCGCCUCCGACAUCAGCUCCGUGUUCAUGGAGCACGACUCAUACGGAGGAAAUAACUCCAUUUUUGCUCCUGUGCUUCUGCCGCCUUCAAAGUUCGAGUCGGUGUCGUGCGGCAGCCUCCAUCAGCUCGGGGACGAGUAGAAACCGCCUCCUCUGCCGCCGCGGAGGAAAGACGCCACUCUUGAAUCCAAGAUGAGCUCCAGGUCCGACAGUCCUCCAGAUCCCCCCCGGCUGCCCCCCCCGCCUCGGAUCCAGCCCCGGACCCCGCUCUACAACGGCCCCCCGAUGGACGGCCCGCUGCCCAGCCCCCCCCCACCGCCGCCCCGCGACCCUGAGCCCGACACGCCCCCUCCGGUUCCUCAGCGACCCCCGGAGAUCUUCAUCAACUACCCGGUGAACAUGCAGCUCCCAGUGGGCCGCUAUCACUGGGACUUUGGCUCCGCCCCCUGCUCCCCAACACCCCCCCAGCACGCCUGUCGCCCCGCGUCCCUCGCCCGCAGCUGCCCGCUCAGCGCCAGUCAUAACAGCCUCUACCCGCUGCCAUCACCGCCCCACCCGGUUGCCAGAAGCCCACGCUUGCCCCCCCGCCACAACUGCAACCCCCAGCUGCCCAAACUCCCACCAAAGACUUACAAGAGGGAGCUGCUGCUGCCCCCCCCUCCUCAGCUGCAGGGCCUCUCGCUGGUGGAGAACACCGACGAAUGAAAAUGAAAACACACACACGCUGAGAGGGAACACACACACACUCUGAGAGGGAACACCCACACACACAACUAAAUGAUCCCCUGUUUAUCAGUCACUGGCACCGUGUUAGCGUUGUUAAAGUCUUGAAGAAACUUUAUUGAUCUCUCAGGCCUCCACGGUGAACAAAGAAUCAUAAAAAACGUAGAAAAGUGUUUAUGAAUGGAAGUAACAGCCUUAUUAUUUAAAGCAGUGUCAAAUUCGUGCAGGCGUGCUACUCUCAAUGAGUGUUGCAAUGACUUUACAAAAAAGGUUACAUGGUGCAUACACGGACAGAUCUCUCCACACAGAAUCAUGAUCUUGUGUUUCCUACAGAUGUAUUUUUAACGCUUCGAUCAAAGCCAUUUUAGUGGAAAGACUAGAUUGUUCAUUAAUAGAUAAAAGAAGUGUAUUUAUCAUGAACAGAUCUGUGAAACUGAGGGUCUGCACACACAAUCAUGCUAAAGAUCCAAUUUAAAUCUCGUGCUUACCAGAAAUUGUGCACUUAGAUUUAUUUUGUUCAUGCUGAGAGACUUAUGGACUAGCUAUAGGUAAGACCACACCGAUGUAAUGCGAUGAGAGACCAGAUAUAUUCUUAGAUUUUGAAGGCUGCAUUUACAAUAUAACAGAUAUUUUAUUGAUUAAAUUAAUGAAAAACUGGUGUUAAAUAUUUUGAAAGCAUCAAAAAUCAACCCUUCAUUUCGUUUGAGCAUCGAUUUGAUGCAUAUUGAUCAAAAAUAUUGAGAUGUUUGACUUCCUCUCCAUGGUCUCAGCCCUAUAAGAGACAUUAUAGUUGACUAAGAACGAAAACGACAAAUAAUUCGUGUAAAAUUCUUGAUUUAUUUUAUCCGUUUUUUUUAUUCUUCGUUUAUCAAGGAGGCUUGCGAGAAAUAAAACCGUCUUUUCUCCAGGAAGGUAACACAGUGUGAGUUUCUGAUAAACAGCUGAUCAUUUCAAGAAUUUCCCUCAACUCCACCCGCCUGAAUCAAACUCCCCCCCCCCCCCUGCGGUGCCUCUCAAGGGAUCAGUCGCUCGCCUUCAUCAUCUUCACCCUCUGUGCCAUGAGACACUGGUGUGCCAGCUGGACCAACACCCAGGAGUCUGAAACACUUCCCCCCCCCCCCCCCUCUAUGGUCAGUUUGAGUCUUGGAGUGAACCCCGAAAUGUUGAGUACCCCAAGGUUUUACGUCAGAAAUGUACAGUACGGGUCCCCAGCUCAUAGAAACUACCAGAUGAUAACUUGCAUAUGUUGGUUUGUGUUAAUUAGCAUAAAUUAGCAUAUGCAGACAAUAGUUCAAACAUGACUUGGCAGAUUUGGACAGUUUUUAAGUAGUUUCGGGGGUUAUUGAGGAAGUUGAGUCCAUUUCGGAUACAAAAUGGCAGUUUUAACAAGACUGGUUAUAUUUGUAUUCUCUAUGGGCUGAUUUUGAGGAAUUUUGGGUCGAUUUGGAAGUUUUAGGGGACUCUGGAUCAUCUGGAUUGGACAGAUUGCUUAUCUGUUUGAAAAUGAAUUGUCCACAGUGGAGGUAAUGAUGUUCAUCUUGUGCUUUCUAUAUCCAAUGGUCCCAACACAUGGUAGUCAGAAUCAGCCGAGACCGUACAAAUAUGGCCUGUUUCUGGUUAAAACUGCCAUUUAUUUUUAUCCUGAAAAUGUCAGAAAUGGAUUCAGCAUCCUCAAUAACCCCCAAAACCACUCCAAAUCUGCCGAGCCAUUUUUCAACUAUUGUCCACUUAGGCUAAUGCUAAUGAAAGCAACUUAUGCUAAUGGUGCUAAUUGCUCAUCAUAUGCAGGUUAGCAUCCGGCAGUUUCUAUGUGCUGGGGACCCGUACUAUACAUUUCUAUCAUCAAACGUUGGGGUCCUCAACAUUUCUGUGUUCACAAUGCUGGCAACUAGACUAUCGGGGUGGGGGGGGGCACAUAGCCUCAAACGCCAUGCUUCAUCUCUCCGGUGCGGCGAUGUUCCCCCUCUUCCUCCUCCUGACGUAGCUCUUUGCUUUCUCAUGUAAGAAAAAAAAACAGUUGCCAAAGUCUUAUUUUAUGCAGGGGGAAAAGGGAUUUUCUUUUUUUUUUAAUGUGACAUUACAGGAGGCGACACUGAACGCCCCCACCCCCCCCUCUCACUUUACCGUGGAUCUGAAAUGUAAAACACUGUGACUCUGCAGCCACAAAACGUUGCCUUCAAGGACAUCCGGUGAACCCGAGAACACUCCAUUUGCACAUCGAGUUUGGGCGAAUCAGAUAAAAAUGACAUGGGGGGGGGGGGGGGAGGGGCCGCCAUGAUUGCUUCACACUGUGCCCCCCCCCCCCCCCCUCCCCCCUCUUUAAACAAACUCUUCUUCGUUGGUAUUAAGCAGCAGUACUGGGAGCAUGCAUUAAACCUCCCCCCUCUCUGCGUUAAAAACAACAUUUUAAACCUUUUUUUCUCUGCUUGAAAAACAUUUGGGAAAGACUGAAAUAGCCCCUGCAUCACGCUCAGAUGUGCCUUUUUAUUUUUGUUUUUCUACUUUACAGAAAUAAGCAAAAUGGUGUUUAAAAAAACAAAAAAAAAGCUAAAAAAAUGUCAUGUUUAGAACAAAGUUAUACACUAUGAAAUUGUACAUGUUUGUGGAUACUGUGUAUAUAUAACAUGUAUACACUAACUAAAUAAUUUGUAUAAAGUGUUUUUCUUUCCUCCCUUUUCAUCCGCAUCUGUUCAGACGAGUUUAGCCUAAUAAUCCUGCAGCAGGCAGAUAAUAAAAUACAAAUAAAAACCGGUCACUAACAGACAAUCUCCUGAGGAAAGCCAUGCCCCCCCCUCCCCAUUAAAAAAAUAUAUAUGAUAUUAAAAUAUGCCGAGCACUUAGACGUGUGCUUCACUUUCUACUAAUGGCCUUUUUCUCCUUUUCAAACACUUUUUAACGCUCAUUAAAACAGGCGGUUUGAAUGCAGGUGAACACACACACACACACACACACACACACACACACAUACUUGUAUUCAGCCUGCAGGUGAAGAAUUGGACUUUGUUUCUCGUUUGUUUCCUUCUGAUAAAACACACUUUGUGCACUUAGGCUGUACUGUUGUUGAAGAGCCGUGGUUGUUUUUAGGUCCUGUUUGAAAAAAGAAAAAAAAAUGCAAUGGUCCUAUGCAACUGUUCAAACUCGCUUUCUACGUGCAUCAGGGCGGAACACACACACACCUGACACACACACACACACACACACACACGAGGACGUCGCAGCAGCAUGAGUGGGAUUUCAGCGAAAAUUCAACAAAAGGAAAACUUGUGCUCUUUCCUCUUCAAAAUAUAAUCCCCUCUCUCAUGUUCUGUCCGUGCCCCCCCGCCCCGGCCAGUGUUGACGGGGUUAAUUAUUUUUCAGAUGUUGUCCUUUUUAGUUUUUUUUCCGUGUUUGUUUGUUUUUUUUACUUUAACCCCCAGAUUUUCCUCCGGUGGCACUGUAAAAGCUUCAUCCAGCAGUCGGUUUAUUUCAUGGUAUGUGGCCUUUUAACUGCUUUGUAUUAAUGGUCUUGAUGAGAUUAAUAAAUCACCCAGUCUUAUUUUGUACUGAACUACUCA